CUUCUUCAACUGUCUUAAAGAUCAAAACAUUUUUUUUUGGUUCUUUUGUCCAUUCCCUCCAUAUUCUUCUGACCUUUAAUUAUAUACAUCCAUUUACAUUCCUCACGUUCUCAAGCCAAUCUCUCUCUCCUCUUCUUCACGUUGUCUCUCUUAAUCGGAUAAGGAGGUUUUCAGAGAGAGAUAGCUAGAGGUUGUGUAAUGAUGAUGAUGAAGGUAAUUAUGAUAAUGGCUAUUGCUAUGGCUAUGAACAUAGCUAUGUGUGAUCCAAUAGCCCCGUGUUACUUCAUAUUUGGUGACUCUUUGGUUGAUAGUGGAAACAACAAUCGGCUUACUUCUUUAGCAAGAGCUGAUUACUUCCCUUACGGUAUAGACUUCCAGUUCGGUCCAACCGGCCGAUUCUCCAACGGCAAAACCACCGUCGAUGUCAUCACCGAGCUUCUUGGUUUCGAUGACUACAUUACACCGUAUUCCCAAGCAAGGGGAGACGACAUUCUGAGAGGAGUAAACUACGCUUCUGCAGCUGCCGGAAUCCGAGAAGAAACUGGUCGUCAGUUGGGAGCUAGAAUAACAUUUGCAGGACAAGUAGCUAAUCAUGUAAACACUGUGUCACAAGUGGUGAACCUACUCGGAGACGAGAAUGAAGCUGCUAAUUACCUAAGUAAAUGCAUCUACUCGAUUGGGUUAGGAAGUAACGACUAUCUCAAUAACUAUUUUAUGCCUGUUUAUUACUCAACCGGAAACCAGUACUCCCCUGAUUCCUUUGCCAAUGACCUCAUCAACCGCUACACUCAGCAACUCCGGAUAUUGUAUAACAACGGAGCGAGGAAGUUUGCGCUGAUUGGUAUCGGAGCAAUAGGAUGCAGCCCAAAUGAGCUGGCUCAGAACAGUAGAGAUGGAAGAACUUGUGACGAAAGGAUCAAUUCUGCAAACAGAAUCUUUAACAGCAAGCUCGUGUCUCUGGUCGACCAUUUCAACCAAAACACACCAGACGCCAAGUUCACCUACAUUAAUGCUUAUGGUAUUUUCCAAGAAAUGGUAGCCAAUCCUGCUCGCUAUGGUUUUAGGGUGACAAACGCGGGAUGUUGUGGAGUUGGGAGGAACAAUGGACAGAUAACUUGUCUUCCAGGUCAAGCUCCAUGUCUGAACAGAGACGAGUUUGUGUUCUGGGACGCGUUUCAUCCAGGAGAAGCAGCGAAUGUUGUCAUCGGUGGUCGAUCUUUUCAGAGAGAAUCUGCUUCUGAUGCUCAUCCUUAUGAUAUCCAGCAGCUUGCUAUGCUCUAGCCUCUCUCGUCCAAAUAUUCCCUCCACACAAACACACACAGAGAAAGAGAGAAGGAAGAUUUAAUCUUUUUUGUUGCAGAAGAAAUGUUAUGUUUUUUUGUGGAGUUAAUAUAUGAAGUUGCUGUUUAUUUUAAAUAGAUGAUUAAACUGAUAAACUCUUUUGGAUC